AUGGAAAGGCAGUAUUACUACAAGAAAAGAGAGGCAGCGAAAAGAGCACCAACAAAGUUUUUAAGCGUCAUUGUGGAUGGCAUGGAUCAAUCGAAGAGUAACCUGCCACAUUUUGUAGGAAGGACAGCAAAGGCAGUAAAUUCUGCUGACCAGUUAAAAACUCACAUUUCUGGAGUAAUUGCCCAUGGUCAAAAUGAAUUUUUUACGUUUCUUGACAUUGGGCAAUAUCCCCAUGACUCCAACUUGACGAUCAACAUUAUUCUCCAGAUACUCUUCAAAAUAAAAGAUAUAAUGGGAGGAAAAUUGCCACCCACAUUUUAUUUACAGGCAGAUAACUGUUGGCGUGAAAACAAGAACAAAUUUGUGCUUGCAUUUUGUGAAUACUUAGUGCAUAUAAAAGUCUUCAGGGAAGUUCAUCUAUCGUUUUUGAUGGUUGGCCACACGCAUGAGGAUAUUGAUGCUUGUUUCAGUAAAGUGGCCGAUAAAUUGCGGAGAAAUGAUGCCGAAACACUAGAUGAUCUUAUUGAGCUACUUCCAAAUGUCAAGGUCAUCAACUUCAUAUAUGACUUUCGGACGUGGAUUCAAAACAGUAUAUGCGAUUUGAGAAAACAUACUCGUCCCCUUCAUUUUAAGUUUAGAAGCAACGAGUCUCUAGUGGAAACAUUUUAUAAAGGAAAGUAUGACUCUCCUUGGAAGAAACUUGAAGGAGGUAUAAUGGCUCGAAACAACCAGCAAAAAAUUAUCAGCAUUCGAGGCAGUCCAAAACUGUCUCCAAUUAACUUCGAUGGAAUUGGUUUAGAAAGAAUAUCAAGCCAGUUAAAGCAUUGGAAAUGUUUAUUCAGUGAUCAGAUUAAUCAGACCCAAUAUCAUUGGUGGGAACGUUUUCUCAAGCUAUGGAAGAAAUGUGAAGAAAAUUCUUCUGAACGUCGCAGGCUAUUUUUUGCGAAUGCACAAUGGAUUCUUCCAAUGCUACCCAAACAGUUGAGUCAUGAUGAAAACGAAGAAGAGAACCUACUGCCAGACACAAUACAGAACAUGAUGAAUGAUGAGCUUAUUGAACCUGUUGUUUUGAGCAAGUAA